AAUAUAGUGGUAGUUGCUGGUUCAUCAUAUGCAGGAAGUUUAGCAGCAUGGGCAAGAAUAAAAUAUCCUCACAAAAUAGACAUUGCUUAUUCUUCUAGUGGUCCUUUAUAUUCCAAAGCUGAUUUCCCAGAAUAUUUUGCUAAUGUGGAAGAAAAUCUACGCCUUGCAUCCCCCACUUGUCCGCAACUAAUCCGCAGAGCCAUGGUUGAAGCAAUGGAAAUGCUUGAAACUCAAGAGGGUGCUGCCAUUUUGUCGGAAUUAUUUAAUACCUGCGAGCCUCUACAAGGUCCAGUAGAACCAGAUAGAUCUUAUUUCCUUACCAGUCUUUCAUCGCCAUUUGCGGAUGUAGCUCAAACUGCGGAUCCUGGUGAUUUGGUGAAUGUCUGUGAACGUCUGGAGAGUAACACAGGAUCUGAUUUAGAAAAGUUAGCUCAGUAUAUAGUACCACUACAAUAUUGCAUAUGGACUUAUGAUUUAUUCAUAGAUUAUUAUUCAGGAACAAACGUCAUAGGAUCAACAAUGAGAACGCGUCAAUGGCUGUAUCAAACAUGUACUGAAUUUGGUUGGUAUCAAACACAAGCUUUUGGUGACACAUUUACAGUAGAUCUGUUUUAUCAACUGUGCAGCGACGUCCUAGGAGAACAAUUUACUUCUUCAACAGUCCAAACUGGAGUUAAACGAACAAAUUUGUUUUACGGUAACAUAAAACCGAAAGUAACACGACUUAUUACAUACCAUGGUACAGCAGAUCCGUGGAGCACGGUGGGGUUACAGAAUGAUUUAAAUGACAGUGUAAUUACAAUUAUUGUUAACGGCACCUCGCAUUCUGCCGAUUUGUACACGACUAGAGAUUCAGAUCCCGAAGAGUUGAAACAGGCUAGAACCAGAAUUAUGAACACAAUAAGUACAUGGAUAUCUGAAAUAGAAGAGAUUAAGUUAAAUGCAAAACACUUCAAAUAACGACUACAACAAUAAAUCCAAUAACGAUUACAAUAAAUGCAAUAUCUACAACGCCACCAAUUAUUGGAGAUCUUUACAAUGUCAAUAAUAAUAAUGAUCAAAGCCAAAUAAUUCAAUUCCAAAGAAAUAAAGUUACU